AUGGUAUUGGACAUGGUAAAUCUUUCCGUGUUAAAAAUUAUUGAACCGUACAGAAAAUGGAUUAUAGAGAAUCCACAAUUAUUAUCUGACAUGGAAAAUACGGUUCAGUAUUUACCUUAUUUUACAGCUGGUCAAUUUAAUAAUUCUACCUUUGUAUCAGAGUUAUUAUAUUCAUUUUCGAACUUGAUAGUGCUAUUCAAUGAUUUAUUAAUGUGCGGUGGGAAAUGUGUGCAUUUAAAGUUUUCUCAGUUUGAAUCAAAAAUCAAAAUUUGGCUGACUGUAAUAGAAUAUACAGAAGUUCUUUGUGAAAUUUCUGCAAAAAAAUUAUGGGGACAGACAGGGAGAUGGUUUAUAAUUAUUGUCAUUCAAAUAUUUAAGACUAUGUUAAGACUUUUAUUGAUUCACUUAUAUAAGGAACGUGUAAUAAAAAGUCCUCCAAUACAACCACUUAACAGAGAAAAGUUGAAUGACUCACAUAAUAAUCAAUUAAAGGAAGGAUUUGCAUUGAAACGAUCUGGCACUAUUGUUAGGAGUGUAAGAGGUGCUACUUGUCCAUCUAUGCGUACUUGGGAACCAUUAUUUUCCAAUGACAAUGAUGAUGAUAAUUUGAGCAAACCUACAUCAGGAAAGAAUUUAGCAUUAGCUGAGACUCUUUACAUUAUGAAACCACUAUUCCACUUAGGAUGUAUAUCUUUUACUGGUGAAAAAUAUUGGCCACCAUGGUUAUUAUCACUUACUAUUGAUUUACUUAGUUUAAAACUCAUUAAUAAUGAGGCAGAAAGUAUAUUGUUUAGCAAAGAAGAAGAGAAAGAAUUCUUCAGACGUAGAAUUGGUUUACUCCUCUAUAUAUUAAAGUCUCCAUUUUAUGAUAAAUAUAGUUGUAUUAGGAUAUAUGCGAUUUUAACUGCACUUUCUACUAAAGUGCCUCUUGCUAAAUUUUUAACAGAGCCAAUAAAGAAGUACCUACCACAUUGGCAAAAUACAUAUUUUUAUAUGUGGUCAAGUUAG